GCCGGGAGGCGUCUCUAUGGUGAUGGGGGCGGGCCUGGUGGGAAGAUGGCGGCAGCGGGGAGUCAGUCUGAGCUCCCGAGUUCGGGACCUCCGCGGCCUUCCGUGUGUCUGUUGGUUUUGGGAAUGGCAGGAUCCGGGAAAACCACCUUUGUACAGAGACUCACAGGACACCUCCAUACCCACAGCUCUCCGCCUUAUGUGAUCAACCUGGACCCAGCUGUACAUGAAGUUCCCUUUCCUGCCAAUAUUGAUAUUCGUGACACUGUGAAAUAUAAAGAAGUCAUGAAACAAUAUGGACUUGGGCCCAAUGGUGGCAUCGUGACCUCGCUGAAUCUCUUUGCUACCAGAUUUGAUCAGGUGAUGAAAUUUAUUGAGAAAGCCCAGAACACUUCUAAGUAUGUCUUGAUUGACACACCUGGACAGAUUGAAGUAUUCACCUGGUCAGCUUCUGGGACAAUCAUCACCGAGGCUCUGGCAUCGUCGUUUCCAACAGUAGUCAUCUAUGUAAUGGACACAUCGCGCAGUACUAACCCAGUGACCUUCAUGUCCAAUAUGCUGUAUGCCUGCAGCAUCCUGUAUAAAACCAAGCUGCCUUUCAUUGUAGCCAUGAACAAAACAGACAUCAUCGAUCACAGCUUUGCAGUGGAAUGGAUGCAGGAUUUUGAGGCUUUCCAAGAUGCCUUGAAUCAGGAGACUACAUAUGUCAGUAACCUCACCCGUUCCAUGAGCCUGGUGUUGGAUGAGUUUUACAGCUCACUGAGGGUGGUGGGCGUCUCCGCUGUUCUGGGCACCGGCUUUGAUGAACUCAUGGUGCAGGUCGCCAGUGCUGCAGAAGAAUAUGAAAGGGAGUAUCGUCCUGAAUAUGAGCGUCUGAAGAAGUCACUGGCCAGUGCCCAGAGUGAACAGAAGAAGGAACAGCUGGAGCACCUUCGGAGGGACAUGGGCUCUGUAAGCUUGGACGAAGGGACUGCCAAAGACAGCCUAUCUCCUGUGCUAGACCCUUCUGACUUGAUCCUGACUCGUGGAACCUUGGAUGAAGAGGAUGAGGACGCUGACAGUGACACUGAUGACAUUGAUCACAGAGUUACAGAGGAAAGCCACGAAGAGCCAGCAUUUCAAAAUUUUAUGCAAGAAUCAAUGGCACAGUACUGGAAGAGAAGCAACAAAUAAACUUUUAGGAAAGUUAACUUGUUUGCAGAAGUCCCAAAUUGUGGACCUCCAUGUGAAUAAACUGUCCUUACCUCUUAUCGGGGAAAUGGCGAACAGUUCUGUCGCUGGGGAUUUGGGGACUUGUACCAUGGUAGAGCAUUUGCCUAGCAUGCAUGAGGCCCUGAGUUUGAUCCCUAGCACUGUAAAAAAUGUUUUCUUCUUCAGAAUAACAGUUUCUCUUAGGGAAACCUUGUGACUCAGAUGAAGUCAGGGAAAGUAGAUGCCAGCUCUGCUUUGGCCUUUCCCUUGUAUUUAUUUGUGCAAGGAAGGAUAUAUUGACUGAUCUCGGAAACAGGAAACCCUUCAGGCCCAAAACUUCAAGUUUUACCAUUUAAACUCAAGUACUCUUGCUGCUUAUGGAAUACGGAGAGGUUACUGGUCUGAUUACCACUUCAGAUCUCGAUUAUCAGGCUGGACCCAUAGCAUCUACUUCUCAGCAUUGUGCCCUUGACCGGCGCUGCUCUCUUAGCACAAAGGGAGAAGGGAAACAAGUUUGUGCAGAGGAGCAGGAGUCUCCUUGGCACCCAGUCUGCUUGGUAUGAAAUGUGCGCCACACUAGGUAGCUCGUCAUUGGACACCAGGUUUGCUGAAGAAAGGGCAAAGCACAUGACUUCUGAAUAAGACUUGUUUAAAUGGCGAUCUGGAUAAAGAGAUUUUAAUUGUAACUCUGUUAUAAGCCUGCCUGUAAUGGUCUCAAAUCAAAAAGUUAUCACUAAUAGUCACUGUCUUCAGCAGAGGCCUAAAGUGACAUCCAAACCUGUUUUACUAAGGUGGUGAUGGGCACCAGUUUCCCAGGUUAGAGACACCUGGUAACCAGGCACGGAGCCAAGCCUGGUUUGUUUUUGAUACUUUGCACUAACUUCGGAGUAUCGCUGGUGUUUUAUUCAAAUGCCCUGGGUUUCCGUUAGCUGCCCAUUCUGUCCAUCACAGCCAUCAUAAGGGUUUGCCCUGACUGUCGGUGGUUCGCAGAGCCUAUUCUCUGAGCCAGACGCACCUGCAUCAGUGGGAAAAUUGUUAAAUACACCUCGCAAAACCUACUGAGUCCGAAACUGUAGGUGCGGUCUAGCAGUCCAUUUUAACAAGCCCUCUAGGUGAUUCUGGCACACACUGGUUUGAGAAACACUGCUUCAGCUCAGAAGCCUAUGACAUCUUUCCAGCCAGGUGAACUGGGUACCAGCCCUCAAGUGACUCAGUGAUCCUCCUUAGGAGCAUACCCUGAUCUUGACCAUCUGUGCCUGUUCCACAAUGUAUUAUUAUUAUUAUUAUUGUUAUUAUUUUUUUGGUACCAGGGAUCAGACUUGGGUCCUUGU